UCUGCCCUGCCCAUCCAGCACAGUGCUUGCAGGCUUGUGGUUUUUAGCUGCAACUCCACCCCGGGCUGGUGGAGAAGGGAUCAGUUCCCACUGAUCACAGGAAAGGGAGGUCACGGGGUUUGCUUGAUUAAAUCACCACCAGCCAAAAGGUUUGGUCUCACUUACUGGGAAUUGCUCACGGGCUGUUUAAUUUGUUCCAAAAAGAAAAGCAGAACAAAACCAAACCCGAGCCCGAGGACCAACAGCACACACAGAAAAGCAGGUGUGCCUCGAGCUCUUGGGAAAACAAAGGGCAGAGACGGAGGCAGGAGCUGACACUUGGAUGUUUCCUCCCCAGCACAGGAGAAGUUUGGAAAGAGAAGCUUGGAAUAGACUCGGACACGACCAGCACUUGCUGUCCUACAGGUCAUUAUCCAGGUGAAGUCUCACUGCAGAUGAAUCUCCCUAAGAACCACCUUUGUUGAGAAACCCUGACAAACACCAGCUGGAAAUCCACAUCAGCGACAUAAAGUAUAUUGCUUGGCUCUAAGCUCAUUGCUCUCUUUUCAUCCACAAGACUGUACAGCAAACUCACUGGACAAAAUGCCAUCCCCAAGUACAGCAGGUCUCCAGUGCCUAUUUCUACUGGUCACAUCAUGUUGUCAGACAUCACAGGACUCAAACUUCAACCCAUUCAUGCAAUAUAUAAUUGACAGUGCACUAGGACAGGAAAGCUUCCAGCCAGAGAUGCAAAGGCAAAAGCGAAACAUGCUAAUAUUUGACCUUCCCCCUAUGGAGUACACUGUUGACAUUGAACUGAGCCUUCAGGAUUCAUCUUACCUGGAGCCAAUCAAAGACUAUUUCAAAAAGCUUAGUCUUCCAGUUUCAACAAAUAUUUCAAAUGUUGAAAUGACAGUUUCAAACAUCAACGUUACAACAGUUUGUCUGCCCAGUGGUGAGAACAGUAGCUGCUGUUCCUGUGAAGAUGGAUAUGCCUGGCCAAGUUCAGAGUGCCAUCACUUGAUGGCCUGCCCUUCUGCCAGCCCAGCACACAACCUGCCCUGCGGCUUCAGAAAGGAAAUGCCCUUCUCUGGGCCUUACUGUGAGCCUCGGACUGAAGACUCAUGUGGUAUGGGAAAGCCCAGUGUAAUGAAUAUGUCAGUCAGACUCGAGACAGACUUUUGGGAUGAUCUCAGGAAUUCUUCUUCUGAUCUAUACAGAAAAUUCAAAGCUGACCUUGAAAAAGCGUUUAAUGCUGGCUACGGAUGUUUACCGGGCUUUGUAUCAGCAACAGUAACUGGUUUCAGGCGUGGAAGUGUUUUUGUGAACUACGAAGUAAAAGCAGGAGCAGCAAACUUUCAUCAGAUAGCAAAUUCCAACAAAAUGGUACCACAAUUUGUAGAUGGAUCAUACCAGCUAAACCCAACUACCUUCACAACAGAAAUAACUGAUCAGACAAACUUCAUUGUGAGACCUGUAGACAUUUUUGAAGGGGAUACAGUAAAACUGAUUUGUGAGAUAAAUUCAACAUCUGAGAAUGUGAUCUGGCAACACUUUGAUCAGAUCAUCUCACCCAGCUCGCGGCAUUUGGUGGAGAAUAAACUGUCAAGGAGAACCUCAAGGUCAAUUCUUAAAAUCAUCAACGUCACGAUGGAAGAUGCUGGUUCCUAUACGUGCACUUUCUCAACCAGCAAUCGGUUUCACACGCUGCUCUACAAGGCCACAAAAACAAUAGCAGUCUCUCCUCUGUACAUCAUUUCAAACUUGAACGACAUCAAUGUUACCUGCAACAGUCCUGAAAUGCAGAAGAGCAGUCUUAUCCUGUCCUGCUGCAUUGACAAACACCUAUCAUCACUUACUGGUGACUGGAAAGUAAACGGAGCAAUCAAUAUUACAGGAGUCUCCAGCUGCAGUUCAAACUGCACGGAAUACAAGCUGAACAUCAGUGACUCGCUCUGCAUAGCUGAGAAGUCAGGGACAGUGACGACCUACACGUGUGAGCUGCAGACUGGGCACGGUGCCACGCGCAGCCACCGCAUCCGAGUGAAAUACUACCGGGAAGCCCAAGUAACAAUAUCUUCAAGCACAAAGUCACUCGUUUCUGAGGGGCACGGAUUCAGUGUAAUGUGUGAAAGUGACGUGAGCAACUAUGAAAGCAUCAGCUGGAAAAUCCUGUCUGGAAGUACGACAAUAACAAUUGACUGUGGGACGUGCAUCAAAAAUAGCAAAUUUCCAGCCACAUCUGUGCUGAAGGUGAAGAAUGCCACACGGGAGUGGAACGGCACCUACACCUGCACGUUCUCCCAGAAGUACUCAGAGAGUUCUGCCAAUGUGACAAUCGAGGUCAUUCGUCUGCCUCCGAAGCAGCAAAUCGUGAUAAUCCCCAUUGAAGCAUCUAUUCGGUGCAAAAUGCAACAAACCCUGGAGUGCUGUGUGAAUGAUACGGGAGAUUACAAUGUUACAUUUGUGGUUCAACAAAAAGAAUUUCAAGCUGGGGAAAACAAAAAAGGAAAGUACUUCUGCUACACGUACAAUUACACAGAAAAAGAAUGUGGCAAAGACAACCUCACAGCAUAUUGCAAGUUUAUUAACCGCCUUGGACAGGAAGUCAACAGUGAAAAUAUAAGUCUGAACCUGAUACCUGAUCAGGAAGUUUCAUGCUCAGAUAACCUGGGUAUUGGAAGAGAAGGGGGCACAUUAAAAAAGCCGUGCUGUGUAUCAGACGUUUUUACCCGAGGAUACAUAAUCUACAAGUGCUACAACAAAUCAUGGAGGCGUGAAAAGGAUUACUGUGUCUCUGUAUCAGUAAACAACCUGCUGACUAGUGCUCAGGACUUGGUGAACAGUCCUCAGGCAAAAGCAAUGUUACCUAAAUACCUUGCAGAGCUGAUGGAAAACACAAAGAAGGAAUUGAGCGACGUAAACAGUUCUUCUGCAAACCUAGAUGCAAUCGUUAACAUCCUGGAUAUGGUCUCUUCUAUCCCAGCAAAUGCAGAGGAGUCCAUUAUUCAAAAUUUCCUCUCCACAGUGGACUUAGUUGUGGCUGAUUCCACAACUAAAGCUUGGGAUGACCUGAAUAAAGAGACGAAACAGAAAAUACUGAAUUCAGUGGAAAAUUUUUCCUUGAGCCUCCAACCAGUUAAUAAUACCAUCCCUCAUGUCUUGGCAAACACCCUUCAGCUACAAGGUAUAGUUGUCACAGAACAUAGCAACACAGAUUAUUAUAAGAACUUCAGCAGUACGGAAAACCUCACCGUUACUGUCCUCAUUAGCGAAAAUGAAAUUCAGACUCUAACCCAAAAUUCAACCAUUGUCAGUGUGAUGUACUCAAACCUUGGACACAUUUUGCCAGGGAAUAAGGAUGGGCAUGUGAAUGGCUUAGUGAUAUCAACAACUGUGAGCAGCAACAGAACCCCAAACUUCAACGUUAGUAUGACCUUUGCAAAGAAAAACAUGUCUCUAACGAGGCCCCGGUGUGUCUUUUGGAACUUCACGCUCAAUGGUGGUGACUGGGAUACUCAUGGCUGCACACCCACAGAGUCGAAUGAUUCUGUCAUUUGCUUCUGUAAUCACUUGACAUCAUUCUCCAUUCUGAUGUCCUAUGAGCAAAGCUCCCGGUUCAGGCCUGAAGAUGUUAUUACCUACAUUUGCCUGGGCAUUUCAAUUCUGAGUUUGGUGGCCUGUAUUAUAAUUGAAUCCUUGGUCUGGAAACACGUGACAAACAACACAACCUCCUACAUGCGCCAUGUCUGUAUACUCAACAUAGCCACAUCGCUCCUGAUUGCCAACGUCUGGUUCCUUGUCAUUGCCUCCAUCAAGGACACAAACCAGCAGAUAAGCAGAGAUACCUGUCUUGUGGCCACCUUCUUCAUGCACUUAUUCUACCUGUGUGUCUUUUUCUGGAUGCUCAGCCUGGGCCUCAUUCUUUUCUACAGACUGGUCUUCAUCUUACAUAACACAAGCAAGACUGCUCAGAAAGCACUGGCAUUCUGCCUAGGAUAUGGGUGUCCCUUUGUCAUUGCAGUCAUCACCAUCGCUGUCACUCUGCCAAGGAACAAUUACACCACAACAGAUUUCUGCUGGCUUAACUGGAAUGAGAGCAAAGCUCACUUGGCCUUCAUCAUACCUGCCCUGAUGAUUGUGACCACGAAUUUGUUCAUCACCGCAGUUGUUAUAAUAAAAAUACUGAGGCCAACUAUUGGGGAUAGGUCAAGCAAGCAGGAGAGGAACUCUUUGUUUCAAAUUGGCAAAAGUGUGGCCAUCUUGACACCACUGUUAGGCCUCACCUGGGGAUUGGGCCUUCUCACCGUCAUCAAAAACCAUUCAGCUUUAAAAAUCCUCUUUGAUCUGCUCAAUGGCUUGCAGGGAUUAUUCAUUUUGGUGUUUGGGACUCUCUGGGACAAGAAGAUACUAGAAGCCCUGCUGAAGAGGAAUUCAGUCUCCAAAUGGAGUUCACAACAAACAAAGUCAAGCUCCCUGAUCCUGGUGACACCAAUGCUGGCUAUGAGCUAUCCAUUUUCAAGAACCUUUAACAAUUUAUGUGGCAAAACAGGAAAAUACACAGUAUCUUCUUCAGAGCCAUCCAGCUCUUCCUCUGAAAACACUUCCAAGGCAUACUCUUUGCUUAACUGAGGCGCUGCAAAUGCUAAAUCACGUAAUUCUGAAAGGACCUCUGCCCUUUCCAAGACACAUGCAAAAAGCACCCGUGAGUCAUCAAGAAGUGGACUGCUUCACUUUGACUAAACUGUGCCUUGGUGCAUUCUUCUGGAAUAAUCAUUUCUGGUUACCUUGCAAGGCAGGGAAGCUUUGAGAAGUGGAAAUUUACAGCAGCUGCAAAACUCAGAAGAGACGACAUUUCAAACUUGGAAGAAUUCAAAGGCUUUUGACUGCUGGAAAAAAUAUUGAGAGGGAAGAAUUCUCAGCCUUUAGGAAGGUGCUUAGCACUAUGCGAUACUGAGCCAUGAAUUGCAGUGCUAUAAACAGCUGUUGUCCAGUGGUUUUAGUAUUUCCACUAUCAACUCCUUGAAUAUUCCAAAGGCCUGUGUAGAUACACAAGUACCUCAUAGCUUCUCUCCUGCCUUCGCAUUAAAGCCUGGAAAGACCAUAGGGUAUAGUGCUCUCCACUUUCUAUUUAAGACUUUCUGGAACUAAAGAUUCACAACUCAGAAGGUCCAUUUCAGGUCUUCACUUUUGACUUAGAUAACAUGAAGACCGUGAUGAUUCCUGUGUGGUCUUCUUUCAGAUGGACAUACUGAAAGCUCCAUGUGGUGCUUUUUUGAAAAGGAAGCUUUAUAUCCAUAACUAUAAAUGUCCUUCCCUUGAUACAUGGUAAGACAGAGAUGGUUGCUGCCCUCUACCACAGAGGGGACUGCAUUUUUUUAAUGCAUAGUUGUGUUAAGUAAGCAAGGAGUCUCUUGUGUAAAGCCUGUGUGUUUGGGUCUCCUCUCAGAGGAGAAUCACACUUGGUAGGCUCAGAGAGUCAACUCUGCCAUGAAUAUAAGCUGUCAUGUGCCAGGCAGGAUGAAAGGUUUUAUAUAAAUUAUUGCUAUAAUACUACACCUGUGGAAUCAGUUAUUUCCAAGCUUCUAUACCUCUAAAGGUAGGAUUCCUGUUUUAAGUAGAGGGCUAUGAGAGAGCCUGCAGAGUAUUUAUACCACACACAAAUGUUACAAAAGUUAAUGUAAAAUGAUAGAUGGAAUCCUGAAGGCAAAUAUCAAAUACUGCUGUCAGGUAGUAUAGCCCAAGUUGAUUGUUGGGAAUUAGACCUAUAUUUACCAGCAGUGAACCUGUUCCCAGAACUUGGAGAUGAACCAGGAUGAGAACCUGUUGCCUGCAGUUACAAGUACGUGUGAUGGUUUGGUAUGGGCAGGUGGUGAUGACUGGAGACAAUAAACAAGCAUCAACCAAAUGUAUUAUUUAUACUGAAAGCAAUUUCUUUUUGCUUGAAGAUGUAGAUGAAAUACUAGAACUAGAACAAAGUCAGAUUAAGAAAUAUUUGAAAAUCCAGUAUCUCUCUGAACUGUAUGGCCAAUCGAAACUUGAAAAUCAGUUACUUCCACAUUAUUCCAAGCAAAAUUUGCCUUUGGGUAGCCACUUGGUCUAACCCACCCUGGAAGUAGCUUGUGCAAUGUUGACCUGCUGCAGAACCACCCACUCCCACUGAGUUAGAAUAGACUUUGUAUAAGCUGUAAAGCACAUGUCCCUGCAGCCAGCACAGUCCCACCACACCUUACCUCUGCAGACAUUAAACCUCUGAGGUUCACCACACUUGUCAGUUCAGCAAAGCGUGGGUCUCAACUGUAUGUGAAUGAGAAAUCAGGAUGUCAUGCCAAGCUGUCUGGCACUGAAGAGCCAUCUUUAGGUGGAUCUUCAAAAGCAAGGUCCUUGCCAGCGUUACAAAAGCCAUGACAGCUCAUGAAAGAGAAGCAGCUAAGAAAUUCAUGGUGCCAGUCUUAAAGACUUGGAGCCAAGGCUUCACUUGUAUUUAUACAUGGAUCAAGAUUAAAAGGGAGAGACAACAAGGUGGGAGUACUGAAGGGAGGAAGAACUGCAAACACAUGGUAGCAACCACUCUAUAGCACUCCUACCCACCAUGAGCAGCUAGAACUGGGUCUUUGCCACAGGCAAAUGUGAGCAGAGGGAUUAACAAGAGCUUGCUUCUGUCAGGAGUCUGGCAUUUUGGUCAGCUGGCCCUUCAUCCUGACCUCCCUUUUUCCCGAUCAAAGCCGAAAUCUCUCUAUUCACCUCCCUUCCUGAAGUGAAGGCUGUCACAGGGCUUGUUUCCUGAUGACUGCUGUCACUUGUGCACCUUCUGCUGCUCAGCUGCAAGGCACUAAGUUAAAGUGUAUUGAAACAAGAACCUACCAGGUUCACCUCAUCUCUGGAGUGGGUGGGAUCUUUCCCUUACCACCUUUUAGAGCAUUGGUUGGAGAACAGUCACUGCCUUGGCACCUUCCUCUGAUUUAUUCUAGGUCAGGAAAAAUAGUGAAGGAGGGCAUUGUGACACACAGGUCUCUUAAGCACAGACCUGCCUUCUCUCACACUCUUUGCUUAGACUUUUUGGACUGUUACAGUUGCUGAACAACUCUUACAUGUGCUUCAAGCCCAGAUUUCACCCUUCAUUCCUUAAAGACCUCAGGAACUUUCAAUAUGAACAAUAGAAUGAGCCCAGGACCAUUUUUAACUACACUACAGUGGCCAGUGAAAAAUCAAUGUGGCCCAGAGCUGGGGUUUACUGGGUGGGCAGUUCUGAAACCUUUUAUUUGGAUCAUGAAGACAAUUAUGCUUUGAUCUCUGAUGCUUUCAUGGCUCAGCAGUCUGACCAGCAUAUUUGCUUCUUAUACUGCCCCAGAAAACAUGUUAAAGAAACAGCUGCAUUUUUAAAAAGUCAAGUUGGGCAAGAAUAAAAUGUCACACCCACCUGCUCAUCUACAAAAUGCCCAGUAUGCAAGGUAUGUCCAACUGCAUGUUACCUUGCACCACCUGUGACCUCAGGUGGAUUUGAUAAUCACCUGAGCAGCAGAAAUGAUGCUUAUUUUUUACAGGCUUGUGUUCUGUAUCCACCUGUUCCACUUGUGUUCUGUAUCUUCCCUUUCCAGUCAUCCGAAUUCCUAUGGUCUUCCUCACAUAAGCAGUCACAGAAUCACAGAAUCACAGAAUGGUUUGGGUUGGAAAGGACCUUAAAGAUCAUCUAGUUCCAACCCCCCUGCCGUGGGCAAGGACACCUCCCACUAGACCAGGUUGCUCCAAGCCCCAUCCAACCUGCCCUUGAACAUCUCUGGGGUAGCAGCCACAACUUCCUUGGGAAACCUGUGCUAGAGUCUUACCGCCCUCACAGAAUUUUUUUGUUUUCCUAAUAUAUACUCCAAAUCUACCUUCUUCCAGUUUGAAAUCUUUACCACUUGUCCAGUCACUCCAUGCCCCAGUAAAAAGUCCCUCUCCAGCUUUCUUGUAUGUUCCCUUCAGGUACUGGAAGGUGCUCCAAGGGCUCUCCAGAGCCUUCUCUUCUCCAGGCUGAGCCACACCAGCUCUCUCAGCCUGUCUUCAUGGGAGAGGUGCUCCAACCCUCUGACCAUCUCCACAGCCUUCCUCUGGACCCACGUCUGCUUCCCCACCUUCCCCAAGAUUAGGGCCUCUCUAAACCUCCCCCCCACAGCGCAGAUGUGACUUCCCUCACCCACCCUGUCGCGCACAGCUGGUAAGAAGCUGGAUGUGCUGUGCAGAGGGCAGAGCCACAGAGGUGAUGAAGGUCUGGCUGGGGUUCGCCAAGGCCUGGGAAGGUCAUGUCCUGCCCACCCCUCGUUCAGUGGCAGCUCUAACAAGCUCUACCAACCACCAGCACUCGUGAAGGGGCAGGAAGGAGGCUUUCCCCUUCAGGAGCCGUCUGGCCGAGCUGUGAGCCCGCAGACCCCCGGCCUGAGCGUAGCCCUGUGGAACCAUUUGGGUUGGAAAAGACCUUUAUCAUCCAACCAUCAACCUGCCUCUACAGAGUCCUGUGCUAAACUGCAUCCCUAAAACCCUAAACCAUGACUACGCAUCUUCUAAACACCUCCAGGGGUGGUGAUUCAACCACCUCCCAGGGCAGCCGGUUCCAGCGUUUGAUAACCUUUUCAGUGAAGAAGUUUCUUCUGAUAUCCAAGCUAAACCUCCCCUUGCACAACUUGAGGUCAUUUCCUCUUGUUCUGUUGCUUGUUACCACAGAGAAGAGACCAGCCCCCACUUCACUCCAACCUCUUUUCGGGUAGUUGUAGAGAGCAAGAAGGUCUGGCCUCAGCCUCCUCUUCUUCAAACUAAAUAACUCCAGUUACCUCAGCUGCUCCUUAUGAGGCUUUUUCUCCAGACCCUUCACCAGUUUUGUUGCCCUUCUCUUUGGACAAGCUGCAGUACCUCCAUGUCGAGGUAGUGAGGUGCACACCUGCCCUAAAUAAACAAGGCACCAUGGUAACAUCAUCCAAAGGGAGCAGGGUCAGGUCCUGUCAUCUUUCCCAUCACAUUUUGCUGUCAGUAGGCUCAGAAGUUGACUGAGAGCAGGGCAAAAUCAGCUUCCAGAUUUGGGGAAAAGAAAUCCCUGGACCCAGCCACCAACAGCACUAGCAGGUCCAAUAGCCUCCUUUGAGAAGGCCCCAGCACCAGUGGGACAUGAAGCAGCAACCAACAGACCCCAGUAAGGCCCUGCAAGGCAGCAGGACAUGUCCCACACAUGGACUGGACAGAAGUUUCCUCUUUCCUGGAGGAGAGCAGCUCUAUCCCCUUCUCAUGGGGCUGGGGACAGACUUUUAUUCCCAGGUUUCAGCAGAAGCCAAAGCAUCAAGUAGGACCUAAGUACACCAAAUAUCACCUGCUGGGACAUCCUCUGUAACUGGACAAUAUCAUAAGUUGCCCUGGCAGAGCAGAGUCAGUGUGUGGUUUGGCAGGUGCUGAAGACAUGGGCUUUCUCUACCUAAGUAAAAUGAACAGUGUCAGAGUGUACAUAUGUUUUUAGAGUGGUGACAACCUACAGUCUUAUUCUUGGUUUCCCUUUACUCUGUGGACACCAAUAUCAUGUGCAGGGUAUGACUUAACUAGGACUUGCCUGGAUCCUCUCUGUCUCUCAUUUCUCUGUCUCACACAUUAACUAAUUUUAUUAAUUUUCAUGGAUCUCUCCUUUUUCAUUCCAUAAAACUGCCUAGUUUAUGAGCUUUUCAACCUGGGUGGCAGAGUCUCUUGACCUAAAGGGUAGUCCCCUAAUCCAGAGGGCAGAAGGUGGUCAGAUUUGUGGUGAACUCCAGCCAGUCAGUCAGACAUAUUGUAGGAAAAGCUCUUAUAAGUGUUUGUUUUUACUUUAUUCUUAAUGCAGAGAAUCAGAGGGUCGGAGUAUUAAUUGUUGAUAAUGCCUUAAUUAAAUACACCAUGAUGUGGAUGGUUUGUCCUUGUUUACAGGACGGGUGUGAGCACCAGGAUUAAUCCGUGUAAUAAUGGUGAUCCAUCUGCUUCAACUUCAUCCACUCCCUGUUGAAAUCAAGGGAGCUUUAUAGAUGUUUAAAAUAAUUUUGGAUUGUGCCCACAGAAUAGUUUUACACUUGAAUAUUUGAAAACAUUAUGUGAUGAGGCCUUCUAGAAAGAAAACUAGCUUUAAUAUGAAAUUGUUUCCCUAUUAGAGAAUUGGCCAAAAAUAUAUAAUAGUAGUUUACUAUGAAUCCUAUGUAAUAAGCUAAGCAGCUUUUUUUUAAACCAGCACAAUUCCAUGGAAAAUGAGUGUUGAUGUACUGAUUUACUCUACUAUGGAUUUGUACCCUUCAGAUUUCUUGAGUAAUUUCUACAGAAACAUUUCUAGAAUCUUAAUAAAUGUUCUUCUGUGUGA